UUUCAAUGUCACAAAGUCAAGAUACUGCGACCCAGCUAUUCACCACCUUCAUUGGAAUAGUUUCUAAGUUCAAAGCUCUGGUGAAGAUCGACGAGUUGAAAGACACAGUUGCAGCAAUGAACUCCAAACUUGACGAGGAGGUGGAGUCGCGAAACGACAUCUUGCACGUACUCCCAUUGUACCAGCACGUCGGUGGUGAGUCGAGUCCGUUCGCGGACAUGCCGAUCAGACGCACGGUACAGCAUCUCCAAGAUGCUUCUGGUGCACCCAGAAAGUGGAGCUGGGAGCUCUUCAAGAUCUUGGGGUGCGACGUCCUCAAGGAAAGGUGGGAAGACUGCCUCCUGACCACCUUUAAAAAGAAC